AUGAACUUCCCGUCAGGUGGUGCGCCGACGGGAGGCGCCGCGCCGCAAGCCGCCGGCGGCUCACAGGACCCGAACGUCAGAGCGGUGCAAGCCGCCAUGGAGUCGUGCUUCGGCAAAUCAGUCAUGUCCGGCGUCAUGGGCUUUGGCAUGGGUGGUCUCUUUGGCAUGUUCAUGGCUUCGAUGUCCUACGACACCCCCUUCGGCAGCCCCAUAACCAACGCCGCCGGCCAAAACAUGUCGGCCCUGCCCCUCCGCCAGCAGCUCAAGCUCGGCUUCAAGGACAUGGGCACGCGCUCCUUCUCCAUGGCCAAGAACUUCGGCAAGGUCGGCGCCCUCUUCUCCGGCAUCGAGUGCGGCAUCGAGGGCCUGCGCGCCACAAACGACCUCGGCAACGGCGUUGCCGCCGGCUGCCUCACCGGCGGCAUCCUUGCCCGCAACGCGGGGCCCCAGGCCAUGGCCGGCGGCUGCGUCGCCUUUGCCGCAUUUAGCGCCGCCAUUGACGCAUGGAUGAGGCAGCCCAAGGACGAGUGA